AUGGCUGUCACAGUAUCGGGGGCGUCGACUCCGCUGUCGGCUUCCGGCACCUUGACCUCUCCCUCUCCCGUGCCAAAGACAGGCAUCGACGUCAAGCAGUUUGCCCAAAAGCCUCUUGCCGCUGCGUCUGAUCUCAUUGAGUUCAUCUCCUCGCGCUCUACUUCCAGCUCUGCAGUCUUUGUUUAUGACUUGGCUGAACAAGCCGGUUUCGGGUCAUUGACCAAAUCUUGGUCGUCUGACGAUGAUACUGCUUCUGUCAUCCCCCUCCAGACUAGGGCCGGCGCGGGCCUAAGUUUGGUUGGCAGACUCUCACAGGGUACUAGCAAAGACACAGAGAAUGGAUCGGUACUGACCGCUUAUACGACGCCGACUGGCUUGGCUGGUAUGAUCCCCUCGUUGUUGUACCUCCCAUCGCCUACCCCUAGCAGUCGACUCAUUCUCCAUGUUCCGGCCAUCACUCCGGUUGGAGAUAAAUUCGCGCUCUCGCCCACUCUAGCUCCCCUCACUCCGGCUCUUUCACUCCUACCAGAGAACGUCACCGUCCUUCUCUCUGCUAGCCCCCAAGAGUCUGUAGACCUCGCCGCUGCGGCAUACAAAUUUCCCACGCACGUCGUCCACCUGUUCGACCAUCACAGUUCCGCUCGAGAAGUCAACAAACUCAGCCUUCCCCCGCUUCCCUUCAAGUCGAACGUUGGCACUGGCGUUUCCCAUGUCUUGAAGGAGGCAGGUUAUACCUUUUUCGACUAUGUUGGAGACGAGCAUGCGAAGACGGUUCUUGUCAUCCUCAAUGGUUCGCUUGCUCUGACUGCCAAGGCGAUUGCACGCCGUACUUCUAGCUUUGGCGUCGUGGUCGUCCGCGUACUGCAGCCUUGGAAUGAGGCAGAAUUCAGGGCGAUCCUCCCACCGAGCGUCAAGCGAGUUCACGUCUUCGACGAGGUUUCUGCUUCUGGUGUUCAGGGUAUCUUGCAGGCCAACGCGUUUGGUACUCUUUUGGACCCCUCUAUUGUCAGCCCAGUAAUCUACCCACAAUCAAUCACUCCAUUCGACGCGCAUGAAUAUCUCAGCAAGCCUUCUUCUUUCGUCCACUUCAUUUCCAGUCUUCUUCCCAUUCCUCUUGAACCCUUAUCAUUGGACACUGGCAAGAUCAAUAAACUCUUAUUUUUCAGCAGCCCCGGGACCGCUCUGUCAAGUGUCCCGGACCUCAUCGAGCAGACUUUCGCCACUAGUCCUGCUAUCUCUUCUCGUCUUCUCACUGAACAUGACGUCUUCUCCAAGCCUGGUGGUAUCACAAUCGAUCGCAUCUUGCUAGGCCAUAAGACGUCGGACGAGGAUUAUAUCCCCCUUCCUGUCAUCCUCCCCGUCUCGCACCAGAGUCACGGCGUAUCCAAUUUCCUUGCAGUCCUCGAUCAAUCCCUACUCAAGUCUCACUCGAUCGUUUCUCACGCGAAAUCGGGAUCUGUGCUCCUGGUCGCAACGUCGUGGUCAGCCACUGAGCUGGCUUCGAACCUGCAAGCAGACGUCGUUUCGUUGAUCAAGGAGAAGGACCUUCAUCUGUGCACGCUUGAUACGAAAACCAUCGCUUCCAGGCUUGUUGGCGCUCAAGGCUCACAACAUGACACUAUCCAGGCUGCCCUCAUCCAUCUGGCCUUCCUGCGCUUGUAUCUAGGAACAUCCGCUACUGAGGCUGCCAUCCUCAAGAUUGCGAGGAGUGUUUAUGGAGAGAGCGUGCAAGAGUUGGAUUUGGCAAAGGUCAACGCUCACGCCUGGGCUGGUCUAGUGGAAGUCGAUCUUUCAGGCGUGAUUCCGGAGGUGAACAAUGUCGGACAGGUUCUAAAGGACUUCCAGUUCAAUGCCAUUGCCGUCUCUACUGAUGACGGGGAGACAAUCGUCAAUGGCGCGAGGCUCAGUUCUUGGCACGAUGCAGCGAAACAUCUCCUUUUCUCUUCCGCGUACACUCCUCCUAACGACUCUUCGAAUGAGGAAUAUCCCCAGAUCCCUAACCUUCGCCCCGAGGUCCCGGACCGCACUUAUCUUGUGACAUGCAGCGUUAAUCGUCGUCUGACCCCUCGCGAAUACGAUCGUAACGUGUUCCAUCUCGAAUUCGACACUUCGGGUACAGGUCUCAAGUACGAAAUCGGUGAGGCGCUGGGUGUUCAUGGUUGGAACGAUGAAGAUGAGGUCCUUGACUUCUGCCAUUGGUACGGUGUCGACCCCUCCCGUCUCGUCACAAUUCCUGUCCCCAGCGGUGACGGUACCAUGCACACGCGUACUGUCUUGCAAGCGCUUCAGCAGCAGGUUGACUUGUUCGGAAAGCCGCCGAAAUCAUUCUACACGGACCUUUCGGAGUAUGCGAGGGCUCAAACCGACAAAUUCGCCUUGCAGUUCAUCGGUUCGCCUGAAGGCGCGUCGACUUUCAAGAAGCUGUCUGAGAAGGAUACAGUCACCUUCGCGGAUGUGCUACGGCGUUAUGCGAGUGCGCGGCCUGGGAUCGAGGUGCUAUGCGAGAUGGUUGGGGACAUCAAGCCGAGACAUUACAGUAUCGCCAGUGCGCAGAGCGUGGUUGGCAAUCGCGUUGACCUGCUCAUUGUUACGGUCGAUUGGGUGACGUCGAGCGGUUCCCCUCGCUAUGGCCAAUGCACUCGUUAUCUCAAUGGCCUGAAGGUAGGCCAGAAGGUAACAGUAUCCAUCAAGCCAAGUGUCAUGAAGUUACCCCCCGACAACAUGCAGCCUUUGAUCAUGGCCGGUCUUGGUACAGGUGCUGCUCCCUUCCGCGCCUUCCUCCAACAUCGCGCUAUGCUUUCGCAGCAGAACAUCCCUGUUGGCCCCGUCUAUUAUUACUUCGGCUCGAGGCGCCAGUCUCAAGAAUAUCUGUAUGGUGAAGAGAUCGAGGCAUUCAUUCAAGACCGCGUUAUCACCAAAGCUGGACUUGCUUUCUCUCGUGACGGGCCCAAGAAGGUGUAUAUCCAACACAAGAUGCUCGAAGAUGCAGAGGACCUCGCACGCAUGCUGCGUGUGGAGAACGGCGUGUUCUAUCUGUGUGGCCCUACGUGGCCUGUACCUGACGUAUACGAAGCUUUGGUCAAUGCGCUCGUGAAAUACCAUGACCUGGAUGCCGUCGAAGCGGGUGAAUUUUUAGAGGGUCUUAAGGAGGAGGAGCGCUAUGUACUCGAGGUUUAUUGAUUUUAAAUAUCCAUGCUUGAUAGGAUACCAUUCUGUGGAUAGCAUCAUAGAUUUCGUGGAAUGUGUUCAUGGAAGGAGUGUUUUCUCUCCGCUCGAACUUAUCACUGAAUACAUAUCACCUUGUUGUGCCACGGCUUU